AUGGCGACGUGCGGCGUCGCCGCGCCGAGGGCCGUCGUGGACGUCGUCCUGAGCCGCGAGCAGGGCGAGGGACGCGGCGCGCGCGUGCGGCGAUCGAUCGGCACGGCGCGCUUGAAGCACUUCGACCCAUUCGUGAUGCUCGACGAGUUCAAGGUGGCCACGCCGGCGGGGUUUCCCGAUCACCCGCACCGCGGGAUGACGACCGUGACGUACGUGCUGCCGAAUGCGGGGAACGGGUGCGUGGAGCACGAGGACAGCGUCGGGAACGCCGGGAUGCUGCGACCCGGGGAUCUGCAGUUCAUGACGGCGGGACGAGGGAUUUUGCACGCCGAGGUGCCGGAGAACGAGACGACGUGUCACGGGUUGCAGCUUUGGGUGAAUUUGCCGGCGAAACAUAAGAUGGACGCGCCGGAGUAUCAAGAGCUGCGAGCGAGCGAACUGCGGGAGGCGUCGAAGGACGGCGUUCGCGCCGUCGUCAUCGCGGGCGAGGCGUUCGGGGCGGAGAGCCAGAUUCGGACGAAACAAGCGCCCAUGCAUUACAUUCACUUCACCAUGUCGCCGUCGUCGCGGUUGGUGCAAAACGUGCCCGAAGGUUGGAACUGCUUGGCGUACACGCUGCGAGGACGCGCGGAUUUCGGUCGCUGCGAGGACGUGGACGCGCACAACACGGUGACGUUUAGCAAUGAACCCGGCCAAGACGGCGUCGUGGUGCAAACGACGAGCGAAAGCGCGGAGUUCGUGCUCAUUUCCGGGCGCCCCAACGACGAACCGAUCGUCCAGCACGGACCGUUCGUGAUGAACACGCGAGAGGAAAUCUCUCAAGCGUUCGCCGACUUUCAGGGCGGCAAGAACGGCUUCGAAUCCGUUCGAGGUUGGCGAAGCGAGAUUCAAUACCGAACGCGAUAG